GAGGAUCCUCCUCUGUCCAGCUUUGCGAGGGUCUCCAAGAUAGUCUAUCUCUACCGGCCCAGCACCGACCGAAACCCUUCGGGAUCCUCCUCCUCCUCCUCGCCCAAGCUCAUCCUUGUCGGUGGUUGGAUGGACGCCCGCGAGGCUCACCUCGCAAAGUACACCGCCAUGCUCCAAGCGCUGUUUCCGGCCUCGCCCAUCUUGCUAGUCCGGAGCUUUAGGUAUCACUUCACCGGCCAAAGCUUUCCAGACGAGCUCGAGCCCGCCGUGCUCCUGAUCCGCAAAAGCAGCAGGCGCCCAGAGAUGCUCAUACAAGUCUUCUCGAACGGGGGCUCGGCAGUCCUCAGCCUGCUCUACGACCUGUACCGGCGCUCCGCUGUGGCUGCAGCUGGCGAUGUGGGCCACAGCGCUACAGCCGUCUUCCCGCCGCAUGUGACCGUCUUCGACUCUGGACCUGGCCUCUUCCACUUCAGGCGCAGCAUCACCGCCUUCACCCUGGCGGUGGCCAAGCGCAGCUUCAUCGUGAGGUUGUUGGUCAAGUCGCUCAUCGUCUGUCUCUGUGCUGUCUACUGGGUGCGCAACGUGCCCUGGGGCCGUCCCGGGUUUCUGGACAGGAUCUGGCUCGCGCACAAUGAUCCGGCCAGGAACGGCAGCGAGGUCCGGCGGGUGUAUCUCUACAGCAGGGAGGACCAGCUCGUGGACUACAGGGACAUCGAGAAGCAUGCGGCGCAGGCUCGGCAGCGGGGGUAUGAGGCUCGGCUGGAGGAGUUUGCGAGGACGCCUCAUGUUGCGCAUGUGAGGGGGAACGAGGUGCGGUACCGGUCUAUCUUGGAGCAGACCUGG